CGCUUCGAUGUUUCUUGUAGUGAUUUCUGCAACACCUCUGGGGCCCAAGCUCCCCAUGGAGCCAGAGUCAUUUGGGCCCCAUGCCAUUGGGCACAGUGUGGGAGAUGACGAUCACUAUGAGGCUGGACAGAGUUCUAACCGACCUGCCACUUCCCUGGCGAAUCCGGAGGAUGUUCCAUCAGCUCUUCCUCCGGGCAAGGUGAAAUUUCUGGCCUUCUUCCUGGUCUUCUUGCUCUGGGUUGGUGGCUGGGGUGCCAUUGACGUUCUGGUCACAAUGAUAGGUCGAGACAAGAACCACUGGAGCCUGACAUUGUAUUUGGCCUUGACAUUGGUGGGCUUCCUGGGCUUGCGUUGUUUGGCUCACAGAUAUCGAGGCUACGCCAUGCUGGACGAGUUCUAGAAGCACAACCCCCAGAAGGAAAGCUCUGGAAACCGAAGAAAUGGAGGACUCGGAGGCCAAAUGUGAAACGCAUCGGCUCCAGUCGCUGUCCUCGCUCCUGUCCCCACCCGGAUGGGCUGAUCCAAGUACCGUGACCAGAUGAAGGACAAGUGCAGCGGAAAAAA